AUGGGCUCUACCAGUUCAACAUCCACUUCAAAUGUCGACAAUAAAAUGCCUUCUUCUAAGCCUGCGGACGGCUCACCAAGACAAUCCUCACACAAGAAUGUACGUGUAAAACGACUGCCCCAACAAGAAACGCUUGGAUUAGAUGCUGCCGUACAAAACGAUGUCCCUUUAUCUACAUGGUCUCCACCACCUACAUCAAGGCAAACAGAAAAAACAUUUACCAAUGUUCUUCUUCUCGGAGAAUCUGGUGUUGGAAAAUCAACUUUUAUCAAUGCCUUUGUUAAUUAUUUAAAAUUCGACAAGCUGGAGCUUGCUCGUAAUGGCCAACCAAUAACGGUUAUGCCAGUUUCCUUUCUUUUAACCGUUGGUAACACCUUUGAUGAACGAAUUGUACGAUUUGGUGAUGACGAUUCCAAUGAAAUUUUUGAUCAUCCAGGUCAAUCAGUUACUCAACAAUGUAAAUCAUACGUUUUUACGAUUGGUACUCGAACUAAAUUACGAUUAAUUGAUACACCUGGAAUGGGAGAUACUCGUGGGCUUGAUCAAGAUGAUCUCAAUAUGCAAGAAAUUCUAUCAUUUAUUAAUAAUCUACCACAUUUAAAUGCUAUUUGUAUACUUCUUAAACCCAACGAGUCAAGACUAAAUGUUGGUUUUCGUUCAUACUUCAGUCGAUUAAUUGAGUUUUUGGGUGAAAACGUCCGAAAUAAUGUUAUCUUUUGUUUUACGAAUACUCGAGCGACAUUUUUUACUCCAGGCAAUACAGCUCUUCAACUUAGAGAACUGCUAGCCAACCUACGAAUCAAAGACAUUCCAUUUAAGAAGUCAAACACUUUCUGUUUUGAUAGUGAGUCAUUUCGAUAUAUAGUCGCUUGUCAGAAUAGAAUCGACUUCGAAGAAUCUCAAAAACAGGACUAUGAAGAAAGUUGGGUGUAUUCAGUAAAAGAAUCAAUGCGACUUCUUACAUAUAUCUGUAUUGACUUGCAGAUGAACUCACGAACUGAAUGGAAAUCAAUCGAUUAUGCUCGAUUUCAAAUCAAUCAGGUGAUUCGUCCAAUGUUAGAAACAAUUCGAAAUCUCUUUCGUAAUCUUAUACUGCAUGAUGAAAAGUCGUCGACAAAAUUCAUAGAGCUUUCUCCAAUACCAAUUUAUUAUCCGUCGUCAAUCUGUAUCAAAUGCAAGCGUACUCUCAAGUGUUGCAAUGACUUCUGGGUUUAUUCUGAUCAGACAGAUAUUAUUUCGGAAAAAUGUCCUCAAUGUGGUAGUAGCCGACAUAGUCAUAUUGAUGUUAAUUAUCCACUUGAUUACAAAUCGUUCGAUAAUACAAACAGUCAAUAUAUUGAUGAAAUAAAAAAGGAACUUGAUCAACUCAAAGAAGCAAUCAUCACAUUUCGAAAUUUCAUUUCUAAUACAAAUCAAACAGUGCACCUUAGUAGUGAUCCAAUUUUGACUAUUUUGAAUCGAAUAAUUAGUGAAGAAAAGUAUAUUUGCGUUGAAAAGCAAACAGAAGAUCUUAAUUCGAUAUUAAAAGAAAAACUCGAUGGAUUUCAUGCAGAAUAUCAACAACGACCAAGUAAAUCCGAAUCAAAUAGAAAUUCAAUUGAUUUAGAAAAGAUCUAUAAACAAAUUGAGAAAAUUACUCAAAUGGAAACGAUUAGAAAUCAGAUGAACGCCAUCGAACAAUACAACAAGACAUAUAUGGUACAACAAGAGAAAGUUCUUUGCUAG